UUGGUGGCGCGGUUUGAUUUUGUAAAAAUCAAGGAAAAAGGAAUCAAGGAAUUAAAUCAAAUGAAAGAGUAAAUAAAACUAUGUCUAAUUGUUGUGCUGUGAUUAAAAAAAAACCUACACAUAUUAUUCAAUAGCUUUAACCAAACAUUAAAAUAAUGAACAGAUCUAGUUUAGCCGCAAUCGAGGGCCUUGAUAACUUUUGCCGGGGCUGUCUUAUUCAAUUCAGCAAUCCAAAUGAACUGAUACAAUAUACUGAGAAAAACAGGAGGCUCUUCCUCUAUUCUACAGGCCUACAGGUAAAACGAAAUGACCAAUUCACAUUCCAACUCUGCAAGGACUGCUACAUAAAUAUGAAAAUGAGUUGUAAAUUUAGGAAGCUGUGCAGAAAUUCUGAUAGAAAAUUCCAGAAUUACGUCACACUGAAAGAAACCCAAGAAGGCCUCGAUUUCACUACCUUCCUCAAGAACAAUGAUGAUACUUUUCAGUUUCCUUAUCUUCAUAUGAAAUACAGUACACCAGCACACAAAAGAGAGGAUGACAAUGAAUCAACGUGCACAAGUAUACGCAACUUCAUCAACGACAUGCUGCCCGGAGACCAGGAGCUGCCGGACUCGGAGGCGCGGAUCGUGCGCGAGGUGAUCGCGGAGGAGGCAGACAUAUUGGACGACUCGCUCGACUCCCAUUGGCUGCAGGAUGACAUGUCCAUAGACUCGGAUUUCAAUUUGGAUUUGAGCUUGAGCCCAUUUUCGUCACCACGUCCAUUUCGGACCACUCCGACUAAGCUCUUUGAAGAAAAGCUUUUGAAGCCAUUACCACAGAUAAUAAAGAAAGAAGAGGUCAAAGAGAAUAAAGAACUAGAUACCAUAGACAGGAACCUGGCAGCGGCAUUAAAAGAUGAGAGUGUUGUUGAAUACUCACUUGAUCAUCUAAUUGUGUCUCCUGCAUCUAAUGUAGGGGCUACGACCCCAACAAUAAAAAAUAUUCUGUUUGGAGAGCAUCUUGAUGAAGACACAAAGCCAAUUAAACCAGAAACAGCUUUAGACAACAUUUACAUUGGAAAGAAAAUUUUUAGCACAUUAGAAGACGAAAACAGUCAAUCAAUUGAAACAACUGGACAGUGUAUCAUUGAAAGUUUCGAGAAUGUCCAAGGCGAAACAGAAAUAGCAGAAGAUAUUUUUGCGGAAACUCAAAGUCAAGAACCAUUUUUUAAAUUAAACUUCUACAGAGAAGCUCAUGAUGAUGAUAAAGAACCAACAUCCAAUCAACAUAUAGAUGAAAAUAUUGAACAAGUCAAAGAUAAAAAUGGUGAUACAGUAUAUUACAAUAGUGAAGAAGAUUUACAGUGCAAACUUUGCAAACGUAAGGUGAAAUCGUUGAAAGGGCUGAACUACCAUUAUAAUAAAAAGCACAGAAUAAAAUUGAUAACGCAGUCGAAACCAAAGAAAGUCCAUAUCUGCCAUGUGUGCUCGAAAGAGUUUACUGACGGAAGUAAUUUCAAAAGACACGUGGAUAGGCAUGAAAUCAAUAAAAAUAAGCAAAAAGAGUUCCACUGCGAUAUUUGCAAGCGUGUAUUCUCAGCCAAGCACAAGAUCGAGGUACACAUGAUGGCACACAUGAAGUUUCAAAAUCCACGAAAAAAUACUACAAAGAAACCAGUAGAAAUAGAUCCUACACUGGUAUGCAACAUAUGCGGGAAAGCCAAUUCAAGUAAAAAGAACUUAGGCUUACACAUCCGACGACACAAGAAGGAGUACACUUGCUUCUGUGAUGAGUGCGGCCAGGGAUUCUACAGGAAAUCUGAAAUUAAACUACAUAAGAAGUGGAAACACAACAGCAUGGAAUACUCUCACGACUGUCCCACUUGUGGGAAGAAAACUGCCGACCCCAGGUCGUUGAUUGACCACAUACGGAAUAAGCAUACAGGCGAAAAGGCAUUUAGAUGUGAAAAUUGUGGUAAAGCGUUUACAAAGAAAUGGAGCCUCAUACAACACUACUCGUCUAUUGUCUGUUCUGCAAAACGGAAUGCAAAUAAUAAGAAGAGUAACAUUGUUGUCACGGAAACCAGAGUAGAGUAUAAGAAAAGUGCGAAAGAAGUGAUUAUUGGCGUAUAGCAGAGCAAGCCUAGGAAAAUGAGAUGAAAAUUCUAUAGUAUACGCCCGUUACCCUGAAAAUUGCGUAUU